AUGUGUAGCAAGAUGGAGUCUGAUAAUUCGUGGAGCAGUCUCUUCUCGAGCUCUUCGUCGAGGCGGUACCAAUCUCGAUCCGGUCACUUUUCCCAAACUAACCCAGAUCUGUUUGCGCACGACGAAACUGAUGGAGACGAUGAGUUAAAGGCCGAGUUUUUGUGCCCUUUUUGCGCUGAGGAUUUUGAUGUUGUUGGGCUUUGUUGCCACAUCGAUGAGGAACAUCCGGUGGAGGCUAAGAACGGGGUCUGUCCAGUUUGUUCCAAAAGGGUGGGAGCAAACCUUGUGAGCCAUAUUACCACACAACAUGGGAGUUUGUUAAAGAUAUCCUUUGAUUACGUUCAGCGCAAGAGGAAAUUUCGCAGGGGAUCCAAUUCAACAUUCUCUCUAUUAAGGAAAGAGCUUCGAGAAGGAAGUUUACAAGCCCUUCUCAGAGGUUCUUCUUUCCUUGUUUCUUCAAACACGGAAGCUGAUCCUUUGCUGUCUUCCUUUAUAUAUAAUCCUCCCACAGUUGAUGAGGAUGUGAGCGCACAACCCCGUCCUUUAGUCGAAACUUCUUUUGUAAAGGAAAGCACAAAGGAAGAGUUCUCGGAAAGAACCCUGCAACCACCACCGCUAUCGCAUAAGGACCAAGAAGAAAAGGGGCGGAAGUGUGAGUUUGUUCGAGGAUUGCUGAUGUCCACCAUCCUUGAUGACUUAUGA